AUGACUGUUGCAAGGAAACUCAGAGAGUCACAGCAGACGCCAGAGCCAGCCGCUGGUAGACUUACUUUUUCCGCAACCCACUACCCCGGUAUCGACCCUCAAUGGGUUCAACUAUGGAACGAGCACGGCGGAUCAAUGGUGAGAGCGGACGAAGUUGCACUUGAGGAAUAUCGAAUGGACCCAGCCAAGUACAGUUUUACCUAUCCAACAUACAAAGGCCCAGAAGUCUUCCAUGUGGAAGAUCGAAAGGUCCCAGUGACUACACCUGCUGGGAAGGUAUCCGUAAGAAUAUACUCUCCUGAGGGCCCCGGGCCUUUUCCAGUACAUCUCAAUUUUCAUGGAGGUGGCUGGGUACUGGGCGGGCUCCAGAGCGAGGCUGCAUGGUGCCGCCAUAUUUGCAACAAGUCUAACAUCAAGGUCAUUGAUGUAGACUACCGUAUGGGACCAGAGCAUAAGUUUCCGACAGCCAUCUACGACUGUUGGGACGUGGUUAAAUGGGCCAUCAAAAACGCGGAUGGGUUAGACAUUGAUCCCACAAGUGUUUCUUUCGGCGGGCUUUCGGCAGGUGGCCAGAUGUCAGCGGUACUUGCUCAUUUUGCAAGAGACGAGGCCAUCGCAAUCAAGUUGCAUCUCAUGAUUGUUCCAGCAACCGACAUGAGAUACUGCCACAGAAGCAUCAGGCAGCUCAACAAGUCAAAUUGCCCAUAUGAGAGCGCUCGUUUAUACCGAGAUCUUCCUUGGGGGCCUAUUGGCCGAGAACAAUGGUUUUUGAAGUAUUGGCUCGGGGAAGAUGAUGAUGAACAAGCACGAUUGCUCAACGAUUGGAUCCUGACGCCGGUACUCGCGCCAAACUUUGCUGGCUUGCCACCUGCCCAUAUCGUCACUGCAGAAUUUGAUUUGGAAAGGGACGAGGGAGAGUAUUACGGGAAGUUACUACAAGAUGCAGGGAACGAGGUUUCGAUGAAACGGUACACAGGGGUUCCUCAUGCAUUUGCUCACUACAACCAUCCAGAGCGGGGUCUUUCUAAGAGCUUUGAUUUCAUCGACGAUACGGUUGAGCUACUUAGGGCAGUGCAUUAUGAGAGCUGA